AAAACCCUAGCUAGCUCUUCAUCCCAUCAAACAAAAUCUCUCACUAUUUCAAUUAAACAUGAAGCAGCAAACUUGUCUCCUCUCAUUCUCACUUCUCAUCUUCUUCUUCCUCAUUCUCCAUUCCACAGCUCAAUCACCAGCUCCUGCUCCGACACCGGAAGGCCCUACAAAUAUAAUCAAAAUCUUAAAAAAAUCCGGCGAGUUCAAAACCUUUAUCCAUCUUUUGAAAACUACUCAGCUAGAUAGCAACUUAAACUCCCAACUCGAUAAUACAAACAACGGCUUAACUAUUUUUGCACCGAGUGAUACUGCAUUUUCUAGCCUCAAGAAACGAACCCUAACCUCCUUAACUCGUCAAGAAAAGGUCGAGUUGGCUCAGUUUCAUAUUGUUCCAACUUUUAUUUCAGAUACCCAAUUUGAUACUGUCACUAAUCCUUUGAAAACGCAUGCUGGAUCAGGAACUAGGUUUCAGCUUAAUGUUACUACAAGUGGCAAUUUAGUAAGUAUAGCAACCGGACUUACGAAUACUACUGUGUCUGAAACUGUAUAUUUGGAUCAUCAUCUUGCUAUUUAUAAGGUUGACAAAGUUUUACUGCCUUUGGAUAUAUUUACUCCUAAGCCUCCUCCGGCUGCCGCGCCGGAACCUGUAGCGAAAAAGAGUGAAGAGGAAAGUGUCGAGGACGAUGACAGUGAGGAUGAUGAUGAUGAUGACGAUGAAAAUAGUGUAAAAAAUGUUAAAUCUGGUGCAGUAAGUUUGGUUGUUGAUUGUAAUUUGGUGUUAAUUGGAGUGAUUGGUGUAGUUGCUGCAACAUUUUCUUUGUGACAAAAUUUUGAUUAUGUUGGGCUAUGGGACCAAUUGUCUAUGAGUUUGGCUUAAUUGAAAUGGCACGGCAGUAUUGUGACGUUCUUUUUUA